UAUCGUCAUCCUUAGAAAUUUAGGAAACACUUAUCACCUAAAAGUUAACUCUUGAAGAAUUUUAGUUGUAAAAUAUAUUUUCUAAUAUGGCUGAUGAGGUUCAGAAGGAAUUCGUGCAAUCGUUUAUCAGCUUUUUAAAACGUCCAUCUACAUCUCAGCAUAUGUCUGCAGAUUGUAAAGAGAGUGUUGACGUUUCAAUUCAAUGCCUCCAAGCAGCAUUUGAUAUAUCCGAUGAAACAAUUGGGGAAGCAGCGUGUUUACCUGAAGCCAAUAAAGACAAAAAAGAUGAAAAAUUUGAUUUGUAUGAAAUAUUUGAGAGUUUGUUCAUUGAACGAAGCCCGGAAGUAUCUCGAUUGGCCGAAUCUUUUAAAAAUGAGGGCAAUCGUCUAAUGAAGGAUGGAAAAUAUAAUGAGGCUUUAUUACAGUAUAAUCGAGCUAUAUCGUUUGACCCCAAAAACCCGAUUUAUUACUGUAACCGUGCUGCAGCUCACAUUCGUCUAAACCAUAAUGAAAAUGCUAUUACAGACUGUAAAACGGCGUUAUUAUAUAAACCUACGUAUAGUAAAGCUUAUGGAAGACUUGGCAUAGCAUACUCGAAUUUGAAUAAAUUCUCUGAAGCUCAACAAGCUUAUGAAAAAGCCAUUGAGCUAGAGCCAGACAAUCGAGACUAUCGCAAUAAUUUGGAAGUAGCUCGUGAUGCAGCUCAAUCACGACAUUCUCUUCCUCAUAUAACUGAUGGACUUAAUACUAUGCUGUCCACUCCAGCAAUAAGAAAUAUUUUUAACAAUACCGACAUCGAUUUGGAGCAAUUACAAACAUUAUCUCAAAACCCAGCCGUUAUAAGUGCUGUUAAUCAACUUUUCUCUGGUGCAACAGUAAAUAGUGGCGAAGCUAAUGGAACUCCAGUAAUUCCAGGGAAUGUGUUACAACUUUUCCAAUCAUUUGCGAGCCAGAUGGCUUCAGCCCAAGAAGAAGGGAGUUCCAACGAUGGAUUCAAUUCAAAUCCAGAUUCUGGUGCCCCCAACUCUUGAGAGCCUCAAUAUCUUAAAGUCAUAAAUUAAUAUAUUUAAUAAAUGUAUUUGUUUCUACCAAU